UGCUUGCAAUAUAUUCUGCCUGCGCCACUGUAUCAAGUUUAAUAAAACGGGCUGAAGACAUCGUUACUUUUUCCUUCUUCUUCUUCUUCUUCUUCUUCUUCUUGCUUUUUGCAUUUACAAAGACGCAUACAACUCUAUGAAUUCGAUUUGAAUAGUAAUAAUAAUGAAUAUGGCAUCGCUGGGAAGCCUUCCCGGCGAUCUCAUUCUCGACAUCGCCCAGCAUCUUGAUGCGGCUCGAGAUGUGGCCCAUCUGGGGGCCGUGUCGAAGCACGCUCAUACCGUCAUCAACCAAAGCGGAUGGCGCAGCUUCGUGAGAUCCAAAUUCCCAUCUAUCGACGUUGCGCCAGGAGCCUUGAUGGGGUGGAAUGCCGUGGCAGACCGCUUGACGUAUCUAGACCGGUGCUGGGACAGCCGUGGUAUCACUUUCACGGUUUACGGAGAAAAAUCACCGGCGCGGCCUAAGAGGAGGGAGUUUGCGAGGAGCAGACAGUCGGUGAACUUUCACUCAGUCAUGGAUGCUACGACAAUCUUAUCAACGCAGGAGGAAAUGCUGGUAUACGGUGCGGGAGAGAACUUGGUGCUCAGACGAAAGGACACGAGUGGGAGGGGCCAAGACAGCUGGAGCAAGCUGGCUGGCCGGGAAACAGGUUAUGCGGCUGGAACCGGCGAUGUGACGGCGAUAAGCAUCAUUCAGCGCCAACAAUUCCCCGAGGUGGUUGUUGGAAGAGCUACCGGGGACCUUCAACUGUUGUCUGCUAGAGAUGAGAUCUUAACGGAUGCAUCUCAAACAUUCCCGCCUACGCACGACACAAACAAUGAGUCCAAAGCACCACUGACACGAAGGUCUCCUGGCCAGAGAGCGGUUUCGUGGACUGAAUGGCAACCCGACAGUCAGCUUCUGGCAAGCUGCAGAAGCUCAGUCUUGACGCUAUACAAUCUUUCCGACACAGAAGAGGCAACACUCAAACCUGUGUUAUUCUAUGACGUGUCCAAGGAUAGCGCUGCAGAUGAGAUAUCGCUCUUGCGUAGCGUCAAGUUCAUGAGCCAGGAUGUGGUAGCCUGUGGACUUGGUGGCUGCAGCGACCCCUUGAGAUGGGCCAAGAUUCGACCUACAGGAAUCGAAAUGCUCAAUGUGGCAAAGGAGGGUGCUGUAGGUGACUCUACGGAGAGACUAGCUGAGAAGACGACGGUGCGCUCUAUGCAGCCGGUUCCUAAGAUGAAUGAGAAUCUGCUGCUCAGCGCUUGGGACGACGGAAGCCACAGGCUGUCUGAUUUGCGAUCUCCAUUGGGUCACGACGUCCUGUAUCGUGAUGGCUUCCAGCCUUAUCAGGCCAGUAGCUCAAUGCUGGUAUAUGGAUCCGAACGAUUUGUGGCAGGCAACAACUGCAGUCCCGACAUUCGAUUCUUCGACUUUCGAUUUCCAAAGUCGUACUAUCAUACCAAUGCCAUGCCUUGUUCUGUGGAUGUUCCUACUCCUGGACGACCUUAUCAGUUCGGUGAUAUUAUCGAAACCAAUGGUCUGCAGAUCCAGUCGACUGAUACAUGCAACCCCUCGUGUGGUCAAACAUGUACAUGGCAUCAUCUAUCAAAGCAGGACAGCUGGCGGCCAGAUGCAGUCAUUCACAUCUACAGCGCUUCCAUGGACCGAGUCCAUUGUCUCGCCAAGGCAUCUGACUUGUCAACGUCCUUCUACUGCGGUGUCAGAGGGGCUCUCGUAGAGGCGACAUAUGCUCUUGGCGAAGACGUCUACUCUGGAGCCGCAGUCUCCCGCAGAUCAGCUCCAGACGGAUGGCAGGCCAGCGACCCCGAGGGAAGAGUUUCGCUCAUGGAGACGGGAGUCGGGCUCCGCGACGGAGAGUCGCAGCUGGAGGAACAAACACAGACGAGGAUGCCAGAGCUGUAUUACUACGAACGAUGGAGAAUUCCAGAGGCGGGAUCUGAAGAAGCAGAGCCGUUGAAGAGAGAGGAAGGACGGCGACUGGACCCGGCGUUGGUGGCUAGCAGAAGGGGUAGAAGUUGAUGGGGAA